AUGCCGACCGCCCCGCGAAGGUACGGCAUAUGGUGCAAAUGCAUCAGGAAGAAGCUCGCGCUCACUACAGCAUCGGAUCUCAUCGGCAUUAUGGCUCCAGCUGCGACCGCAGACCUCAACGUUGCAGACAGCAGUACGUUAGCGAAAUCCGCUACAGACUCGCAAAGGGCAGAUAGCCAAGCCAGUAUUGCACCUAGGCCAGGGAGCCGCUGCUACGACAUCCAAAAACUCCCAACGCUCAAGGAGUUUGCAGCUUUGACAUCGCAGACAACCAAGCCUGACACUUACCCACUCGCUCGCCAGGUCGAGAAGAACGUGCCCAUUUAUGCUCGCGAAAGCAUUGACCUUACCAAUGCGGAAAUCAGCGAGCAACUCCAAGAUGAAUGGUACCAUAUCCUCCUCCACGGACCAGGCGUAUUCGUGAUUCAAGGGUUCUUCCGGCAUCCGACUCUGAUCGACGACGCCAACGCUGCAUACGCAGCCAUCAUUGCCAAAGAGACAGCCCAGAGCAACGGCUUCGCAAAAGGCGAUCACUUCGCGAACGCAGCCACCAACGACAGGAUCUGGAACUCCUUCUCCAAGCACUGUCUCCAAGACCCUGCAUCGUUCCUUCAGUACUACUCCAACCCGCUAUUCCGCUCGGUCUGCGAAGCGUAUCUUGGCCCAGCAUACCGCAUCACAGCACAGGUGAACGUCGUCAAGCCUGGAGGGAAAGCACAAGUCUGCCACCGAGACUUCCAUAUGGGGUUCCAGACUGCCGCUACUGCUAGCAAAUGGCCCAAAGGCAUGCACAUUGCAAGUCAACUCUUGACGCUCCAAGGCGCUGUUGCUCAUACAGACAUGCCUGUAGAAAGUGGCCCAACACGACUCCUCCCUUACAGCCAGCUCCUCGAAUCUGGCUAUCUCGCGUAUCGCAACGAAGAUUUCCAGAAGUACUUUUUGGACAACUACAUUUCCCUUCCCUUGCAAAAGGGCGACGCCAUCUUCUUCAAUCCUGCUUUAUUCCAUGCGGCAGGUGGGAACCUCACUUCGGACUUCGAGCGCUCGGCAAAUCUGAUCCAGGUCUCUUCUGCUUUUGGAAAGCCCAUGGAGUACAUUGAGCGUAUUCCACUGGUGCAGCAUUCUUGGCAAUUGCUGCAGGAGAAGUUCCGGGAGGAAGGACUUAGUGACGGGGUGGAGACAUUUCUGCAAGCUGUUACUGAAGGGUAUCCAUUUCCUACGAAUCUCGAUCGUAGACCUCCUGCUCCGAGUGGGAUGGCGCCGGAGAGCGAGACUGAUAUUUUGAGGAGGGGGCUGCAGGAAGGGUGGUCUGUUGAGCAAGCGGUUGAGGCAUUGAGGGAUGUAGAUGCUGCGAACGUGGACUGA